GAGAUAGGAUGCGCCAAUAUGUCAUGACAAUGUAUACAUACAAACACAAAGAAAAUAAGAGCAUUGACUCUACGGGCAUCCGCACCUAGAAAAUGCAUUGAAUACUUCAUAUCCUAUACCAAACUGAAGACGCCGGGACCACUUUCCAGUCAGACAUGACGGGCUGCGCCACACCACCCCCGGUCGGUGCGCCCCCAGCCCGAGCCGCCCCGCGCACUCUCGCCUAUUUAUGCCGUCGCCACCGGCCAUCCACCACCGCAUCCCACCACAACCAAACACAUCAUCGCCGCCUCGCCGGGCAACCAACAUCAGCCCAGCCUAGCAAGAUGGGUUCGCGGUACGAGGUGGAGGUGACCGUGGGCGCGGCCCGGGACCUGAAGAACGUCAACUGGCGCAACGGCGACCUCAAGCCCUACGCCGUGCUCUGGAUCGACGCCGGCGCCCGCUGCUCCACCCGCGUCGACCUGGACAACAAUGAGAACCCCGCCUGGGAUGAGAAGGUCGUCGUCCCGCUGCCCCCCGCCAGCCGCCUCCAGGACGCCGUGCUCUACCUCGACGUCGUCCACGCCAACGCCGCCGAGGGCGUCAAACCGCUCGUCGGCUCCGCCCGGCUCCCGCUCCGCGACGUCGUCGACGACGCCGGCGUCGGGGGCAAGGUGUCCAGGAACCUGAAGCUGAAGCGGCCGUCCGGUAGGCCCCAGGGGAAGCUUGACGUCCGCGUCGCCGUGAAGGAGCCGGCGAGGUACUACGAGUCCAACCCUGGCGCCUACCCGGCGCCCGCGGGGUACGGCUCCUCCCAGCCCUCCGGCCCCUACGGCGGUGGAUCCUCCCGUGAUGCCUAUGGUGGUGGGUACGGCGCUGGUGCGGGCGCGUACGGCGCCGCGGCGGCACCUGGAGGCUACGGCGCGUACGCCGUGGCGGCGCCACCGUCUGGGUACCCCGGCUAUGCCUCCACCGCGCAGGCUCCCCAGGCCGCAGCACCGUACGGCUCUGCUCCACCGCCCUACGGCGCCGCACCGCCGACACAGGGAGCAGGCGCAUAUGGCUCCUCUGCUCCGGCUUACGGCGAAGCGCAGCCAGCUCAGGCGGCGGGGUACGGGUCUGCCGCGCCGGCGUACGGCACGACGGGGGUGCCCCUGGACCAGAGCGGCGGGAAGAAGAAGAAGGGGAUGGGCAUGGCUGGCGGGCUGGCGGUGGGCGCGGCUGCGGGCGUGCUUGGCGGGCUGGCGCUGGCGGGCGGGGCGAGCUACGUGGAGCACAAGAUCGAGGACCGCGUGACGGAGCGCGUGGAGGAGGACAUGUACGGCGGCGACUACUAGGCGCAUGGAUCCUUCCCGUAGCAUGAAUCUUUAUGUUUUGGGUGCAUGAUGUUGAGGGUGAGGGUGAUCGACCGGACCGGACCGGACCGGAGAGUUGAAAAGAAGAGAGGUUAUUUUCUUGUGCUGUCUGUGCGUAUCAUGAAGAUGAAAUUAAGAUUGUUGAUUGCAUAAAUUUAGUUAAUCUCCAUCCAUGCAUGCAUACAUGUGGAUGAGAAUCGGGUUGAAUGAA